GGCUUAUUUGUCAAAGAAAAGAAAGCCUUUAUAUUUUUAAAACUACGAUAGCUUAAUAAUAAUUAAAAAAAAAGUACCCUUGAUUAUAAUUAUUAUUAUUUUUCUUCUUCUAUUAUGUCUACACCUGUCAAAUACGAAUACCUUAUAUCAAAAUCAGGUGACCUUCUCUUUUCAGUCACAGUAGGUACUUUGGCUUACUUUUUAAAUGAACGCGAUAACCCAAGAGCACAAAAUGGAAAGACAUUACUUGAGCUAGUAUCAAGAGCAAGACAAAGAAAGAUUCAACAAAGAGAAACCAACCGAAAACUGUAAAUAAUAAUAAUAAUAAUAAUAAUAAUAAAAAAGACGACAAGAACGAUAAGCGGCAUAAAUCAUAUGCAACGCCUUUUUUUAUUACCGAG